GCUAAUUCACGUGUAGUGGAAAAUUUUGGAUAGCUGCAAAAAAAGAGACGAAGAAAGACCAGAUUCAACAACAGUGCGGCAGGUAGCACCUAAGCAUUGUGUCUGACCCAGAAACUAGAAAAUGCCUGACGAGCGUGCUUUGAAGAACCCAUACAAAGAUUAUGAUGGCACCCAAACCCUGUUCGACGCACAAGGAAACCUCACUACAUCCUUUGCUGGCCGCAUCACCCACAAAAUCAAUGACCUUCUCACAGCCAUGGAGAAAGGGCUGAAGUCAGCCGACCCUCGGGACUGUACAGGCUACACUGGAUGGGCUGGCAUAGCGCUGCUGUACCUGCACCUGCACGGCGUGUUCGGCGAGCCCUCCUACCUGCAGAGGGCGCUGGACUACGUGAGCCGCAGCCUGAGCCUGACGGGCCGCUGGAUCACCUUCCUGUGCGGCGACGCGGGCCCCCUGGCCAUAGCCGCGGUGGUCUACCACCGCCUGCAGAGGAACCAGGAGGCCGACGAGUGUGUCAACAGGCUGCUGCAGCUGCACCAGAGCGUGGUGAAGGGCGUGGGCAACCUGCCUGACGAGCUGCUGUACGGCCGUGUGGGGUACCUCUACUCCCUGGUCUUCAUCAACCAGCAGUUCGGACAGGAGAAGAUCCCCAUGCAAUACCUCCAGCAGAUCUGUGAUGCCGUGCUGGCCUCGGGUGAGAGCUUGGCAAAGCGCAACCGCACCCAGGAGCAGAGCCCACUUAUGUUCGAAUGGUACCAGGAACAGUAUGUUGGUGCCGCCCACGGAUUGGCUGGAAUCUACUACUUCCUCAUGCAGCCGGGCUUCGUGGUGGGUCAGGAGAGGCUGACGACACUGGUCAAGCCCAGCGUGGACUUUGUGUGCCAGCUCAAGUUCCCCUCGGGCAACUACCCGCCGUGCGUGGGCGACGAGAGGGACCUGCUGGUGCACUGGUGCCAUGGCUCCCCGGGAGUCAUGUACAUGCUGCUGCAGGCUUACAAGGUGUUUGGUGUGAAGCAGUAUUUGGAGGAUGCGUCUCAGUGUGCGGAGGUCUUGUGGCAGCGUGGUCUCCUCAAGAAGGGCUAUGGCCUGUGUCACGGUGCGGCGGGCAAUGCCUACGGCUUUUUAGCCCUCUUCAAGGUCACCCGCGAAGCCAAACACCUCUACCGAGCCUGCAUGUUUGCAGAUUGGUGCAUGAAUUAUGGUAAACAUGGCUGCCGGACCCCCGACACUCCCUUUUCUCUCUUUGAAGGCAUGGCAGGUACCAUCUACUUCCUGUCGGAUCUUCUUCAGCCAAUGAGGUCAAAGUUCCCGGCCUUUGAGAUAUAAAUGGAAACUGUCAUGGAGUUUCAAGGCGACUUCGAUUUUACCAUGUUCUGGAAGGCUCUCUUUUUUUUCUGCUUGCACAUGAGAACUCUAAAGUCAUGAUCUACGUACGUUAGUUGUCAUGGCGACAUGCUUUGAUUUUUUUUUUUUUCAAAAAAGAAAAUUGGCAUGAAACACACGGAUGACAAAAAAAAACAUCUUUACAUUAGUAAACACACAUUUUUCUGUGUCUACACACACGGUAAAAAAAAAAAAGUGACGUUCAAGUCAGUGUGAACCCACAGAGGUCUCUAUGUACUCUGUAUAAAAAAAGGUCCUGGUAAACACUUUUGUAUGGUUUGUUGAUGCUGAGAUCAAUCCUAUUUGCCAAUAAGUGUAAUGACAAUUCAUUGGGUUGCUCCAAAAAAAAAAGACAAAAAUACGUCCCAAGGAAGCGAGUUUAACGGGGAAUUCCAGCCUAUUUCAACAUGCGACUGUAUUGCUCGAGCUACCCUUGACUGGACAGUACAGCACAGCAGUAACAUUUGGGAUGAUAUUUGGAGCAUGUUCAGGCUUUGUGAAGGGGCUGAACAAAAGGAAAAAAGUCGUUGUGUACUGACAAAUGAAGGGUUGCACGAGCAAUACAAGCUUAUGUUGAAAUUGGCAUGAAUUCCCCUUUGAGGAGAAGAGUUGAUCUGUUGGCAAACACUCUUUGCACUUGCCGUGUUGGUUUGCAUGCUUAAAAGCUUGUACGUGUCCGCCGGCAUUCUAGGUUUCACAGAAAAGAAAACUAAAGUUGUCUUAAGUGUGAACGUCUGAGGUGGUGGGUGGGGUGGGGUGUGGU